AUGACUGCACCCGCAAAGAAGGUAGAACUGACUCAGAUUGGCGGAGCCGACCUUAAACGCUUCGUGAUCCAGUCAGCAUUGCUAAGCUUGAUCGACCCUGUUCGAGGGGAACCGACGAGAACCUCCCUCGACGAGAACCCCGAUGGCGACAUUUCGGGGGGCCAGCAGCUCAAGCAAAAGUUCCUGGAUUCAUUCGCUCUCAUCUGUUCAACGUCGAGCUCGGGCGCGGAGACAGCCUCGGCUGUCUGCUUGGAACAUGCCCCAGCUGGAGCCAUAUUGCGCGUGGCCCGCAACCGCGGCUUGACACCGAAGGACCUGACUGGCCUUGAGAAGGUGUUACAGAUACUUCGAGUAGUUGCCAGAAAGGGUACGUGCUUUAUCCAAAAGCCUCUGAAGGUUGCUGAUGCAGCUUUUGAUGCAGAAAAGUCAUCGACGCAAGCCGAGCCCGAGAUUCUCCUCCUGGUUGUCGAGUUGGACAGAGGUCGGAUCUUGUCGAUCGCCGAGAGGAUUGAGAAGCGCGGGAUUCGAAACUUUAUACGAGAUGCGCACUCUAGGCUUUGUACCGGUCAGGUGAAGCUAGAGACAUGGGCAAAGCCCGGGCUCCGACUUUGGCUGGAGAGUUGUCCUUUCACGGCCGCACCUCUCCAGACUUGGCGUCCCGCGACUAUGGCGGCGCUCAUUGACUGGGCGUCGCAAGCCAGAUGGCUCUAUUCUGAGCAGUUGCAGAGUCUGCUCGGACUUGAUGGCACGCAAGCAUCGCCUUGGUUGGACAGUCUGCACAAGAUCGCCCGCUAUCGCUCCGCCAUCAAGUCCAUGGUAAAGCUUGCAGCGAAGCAGCCCGAAGUCUUCGUGGGCAUUCACAUCCAAGAGGUCAAGGCUCCCGACUCGCGUAAAUUCUCUCUCUCCAACGAGAAAGCUCCCCUCCUAGUAGCUGUCAAGAACCUUGUCAAGGAAGAUUCAGAGACCACAAUGGAGCAGCUGGAAAGGCACUUAGGCACGCGGGAUGUUGAGGCGCAACUGCGUAGGACAUGCCGCUUGAACCUGACGCUCCACGCCGAAAUGCAACUCGUUAUAUUUUACGACGGUAAUCCUAGCUUAGCCCCCCGGAUGCGGUUCAUCGGGACUAGCAAGAAGGCCUGCUUCCUCUGCCACGAGUAUCUACUCCAGCAUCCACUCAGACUACAGGUUUCGGCCUGUCACCAGAAGAUUUACCCGUCAUGGAUGCCACCACCGUACUACCGACUUCCUGGACAAUUCAAAAGCACACCAUUUGUGAAGCUUAGCAAAGACAUUGAGCAAUUGACGAGGCGGGAGCUCAAGACUGCGCUGACUGCUCCCCGGCGGCCGAGGAAUCAAGAUUCGACGGCCGGCCCGUCCUUGACGAUAACGGCAACCGUACCUACGGAACUGGGAUCACGACAGCAGGUGAAGGUACAUUUAGCCCUCAAAGGCGGCAGUCUGUCAGAGGAUUUGGAGUGGAGCAGGAUUGUAGGACGCUGA